UGGGCUGGCGGCGGCCGCAGCUGGCUGGAGCCCGCGGUGACGUCACCGGCCGGGUCACGUGCCCCGCCCCCUCCUGCCCCUCCUUCUCGCGCCGCGUUCGGAGCUCCGGGUCCGGCCGCCGCCUCUCGAAGCUCUGGGCAGAGGAGCAGAGCGAGGGCUGUAGGGCGAGCAGGCAAGCGGGUACGAACCGGGCCUGAGCCGGAGCGGUCGGGGAGCCGGAGGCAGUCGCGCGGCGGCCGGGUGACGCGGCCGAGGUUCCUGCAAACUUGGGUGCGCGCUCGCGCCACAGCGCCCGCGGCCGGAGCGAUGAAGAUGGUCGCCCCCUGGACGCGGUUCUACUCCAACAGCUGCUGCCUGUGCUGCCAUGUCCGCACCGGCACCAUCCUGCUCGGCGUCUGGAACCUGAUCAUCAAUGCUGUGGUACUGUUGAUUCUAUUGAGUGCCCUGGCUGACCCCGAUCAGUAUCACUUUCCAAGUUCUGAACUAGGAGGUGACUUUGAGUUCAUGGAUGAUGCCAACAUGUGCAUUGCUAUUGCAAUUUCUCUUCUCAUGAUCCUGAUCUGUGCAAUGGCUACUUACGGAGCAUACAAGCCUCCUAAUUUUCCCUACAAAGAUGAUAUCAUGUCGGUGAAUCCUACCUGUUUGGUCCUUAUUAUUCUUCUGUGUGUCAGCAUUAUCUUGACCUUUAAGGGUUACUUGAUUAGCUGUGUUUGGAACUGCUACCGAUACAUCAAUGGCAGGAACUCCUCCGAUGUCCUGGUUUAUGUUACCAGCAAUGACACUACGGUGCUGUUACCUCCAUAUGAUGAUGCCACUGUGAAUGGUGCUGCCAAGGAGCCGCCACCACCUUAUGUGUCUGCCUAAGCCAAAAAGUGGGGCGGAGCUGAGAGCAUGAGCUUGACUUGCCAGACAUCAGAGCAAUAUUUCUUUAAUUUCUCCUCUGAGAUGAGCUCUCUGCGUUUAUUUGUUGCUGAAAUGCUACAGUUUAAAAUUUUAGAUAUUAAAUUGAAAUCCUCUGUAGUGUUAAUCAUAUAUUUUAGCUAGAGCACUGUGAUAGAUUAACUGUAGAGUUCUUUCUGUAGGGGUGGGUGCAGCGGGCUUCCCUAGUCUUCCCUGUACUUCCCUGGGCGCCGAAAUUGCCCCCAAACCUGAUGAACCUGAGUCAGACUGGCUUUUACCUACUAGGUCCCAAACUUGGGGAAUUAGUCACAUCUUUUUUCUCUCUGUUUCCUCUGUCUCUUUUAAGUGUAAAAUAAAAUUUAAAAUUAGACAAUACUUUUCUUAAGCCAUCUCAGUGUGUAGAAGAAACCUUUAUGAGAACAGGAAUGUUAAUUGUGGAAAUCACUGCUCUAAUUAGGUAAAUAGGAGUACAUAUAUAUGUAUAAAUAAAACAGGAAUUUCCUUAA